ACGAUCUUUCACUCAUUGCAGCCGCAUUGAAUUAAUUGAUUUAUCGACUGAGACAAAUUUGAGCUGAGACCACGAGUAGUUUGUUCCUGAUUCAACAACGGCUCCAAAUUGCAAGGAGGUAAGCAAGCUCUUGCCCCUCAUUCGAGGCAAAGAGAGAGAGGUUCAUCCCAUCUUAUCCAUCUUAUGCUAGUGUUGUUUUUUGAGGUUAGGGGGUUAACAUGGAGGUGUAGAGAUGAGCAGCAGUGGAACCACGAAUAGCGAAGCCAGUAUGUCUUCUGCUACGAAGGAGAUUUUGGGGAGGGUGAGGCAGUUGGUUCCGCCUAUGUUGGAGAGGUUUCAUAAGGGGCAGAUGGGAAGAGUAGCCGUGAUUGGCGGGAGUGAGGAUUACACGGGGGCGCCGUACUUUUCUGCUAUGGCGAGUGCUAGGUUGGGGUGUGAUUUGUCCCAUGUAAUCUGCACUCCCACCGCAGCAACCGUAAUCAAAACCUACUCCCCCAACCUAAUGGUCCACCCCCUGAUGCGCUCCCUCCCUUCCUCCCCCGCCAAACCCGCCGGCGAGGACAGCGACCCCUCCACCGCCAGUAAACACGACACCGACCCCUCCGAAAUCGCCUCGAGAAUCAUCCCCCUCCUCUCCCGCCUCCAUGUCCUCGUCAUCGGCCCCGGCUUAGGCCGUGACCCCCUCAUGCAAAAAACCGUUGCUUUGGUAAUCCAAGCGGCAAAGAAACAAAACAUGCCCAUGGUCCUCGACGCUGACGCCCUCCUCCUCAUCUGCAACGACCCCGACCUUGUAAGGGGUUACCAAGAGGCUGUCCUCACCCCCAACGUAGUUGAGUUUGAGAGACUGGCCAAGGCACUGAAUAUAGAGAAGGAGGUGGCAAAGGAGGGCAAGGAGACAGAUAGAGUGGAACGGUUGGCUAGGGAGUUGGGAGGGGUGAUGGUUUUGCAAAAGGGGGGAAAAGAUUACCUCAGCAACGGGACAGUAACGUAUAGUGUUGACUUGGAGGGCGGGAAGAAGAGGAGUGGUGGGCAGGGGGAUACGCUCACGGGGAGUAUUGCUACUUUUUUGGGGUGGAGGAAGGCUUAUCAUGAGGGGUUGUGGGAUGUUAAACACAAGCUGAAGGAGGAGGAGACGGCGGGGUUGGCGGUUUUUGGGGGGAGUGCGAUUACGAGGGAAUGCUCCCGCCUUGCCUUUGCCAAAAGAGGCCGCAGCCUUCAGGCCAGUGACCUCACUGAUGAGGUGCAUACCGCCUUUCUGAACAUUUUUGGGGAGGUGGAUGAGGAUAUUUUCAAACUCUGAGUUUUCCUCUUCCCCCUCUCUCUCCCUUUACCGGCAGCAUUAAGCAUGUACCAUAUCUGUGCGUCGGGCGCGACCCGCGGCCCCUCGCAUUACAUAUCCCGCAUAUGCGCGAGGAGGCGAAGGGGGAAAAAAAGGGGUGAUUAUGUAGGAUGCCGUCUGGGCGAUGAUCCCGUUUUCAGAGACCACCACCAUAGGAAGGUGUGGAUGAAGUUUAUGACGUUCUCUCUCUCUCUUUUCUGGGCGAUGAUGAUAAUCAAGAUGGGAACAAAGAUUGACAACGAAACAGUACAAAACGGGGUUUACGUGUUCAUGUCUACCAUGCUCUACUCUAAUCUACAACAUGGCGUAA